UCAGUUCCAUCGAUAAAAAUAUAUCUUACUUUUUUUUCUUAACAUUUAAAAAAAAAACAAAAAAAACAUGGCGAAGGUUUCUUUCGUUGUAUUCUCAUUGGCUUUGAUGCUCUCAAUCCAAUUUGUAGUAGGAAAAAAGGAGGAUGAGGCGGCAUCCCCAGAACUUGUUAUGUCCGACUUUGGCGAGCAAUUCAACAAAAUAUUAGCAGACCCUACCUUUAAGUCGAGGAUGGGUAAACUCGAUGAAAUGUUUAAAAGCUCUGGUGGAGAUGAUUCCGGGAUAGUGGACGGGCCAACUUCUGCCUUAGCUGAUGAGGUUGCAGCAUCCCCAGAAUCGAUGAGGGAAGUUACGGCUUCAGUUAUGUCCGGCUUUAUUGCUGCAUUGCAUGAAGGCGGAGUAGAAGGGGAACAAUUGAAAAAAAUAGUAACAGACCCUAAGUUUCAGUCGGGGGUGGCUAAACUCGCUGAAAGGUUUAAAAGCUCUGUGGGAGAUGAUUCCGGGAGUGUGGAUGGGGCAACUUCUGCCUUAGCUGAUGAGCUUGCAGCAUCCCCAGAAACCAUGAGGGUAUUUUCGCCUUCAGUUAUGUCCGGCUUUAUUAUUGCAUUGCAAGAUGGCAAAGUACAAGGGGAACAGUUGAAAAAAAUAAUAACAGACCCUAACUUUCAGUCGGGGGUGGCUAAACUGGUUGAAAAGUUUAAAAGCUCUGUGGGAGAUGAUUCCGAUAGUGUGGAUGGGGCAACUUCUACCUUAGUUGAUGAGGUUGCAGCUUCCCCAGAAUCGGAAGUAGAAAUUGAUACUGAAAUUGUCGGUGGCUUGUCGAGGAAAAUGGGAAAGGAUGGAUUAGUAGACCUGAAAGAGAUGACUAAAGCCGUUCAAUAUGAUAAAAGCAAUGGUAACACAGAAAAUGAGAAGAAUUAGUGAGGGAAUGAUGCAACAAAUUUCCAUAUACAUGUAAACUAAUCGCAACGAGCAACCUUAUGCCAUGUAAUUGAACAAAAAAAAAAAAACAUUAUGCAAUGUAUGGAUGUCUAUAUUUAUAAAGGCUACCAAUUUUUCUCAA